AGCCAUAAACAACCAUAAACGUCAGCGUUAUUUCCACAGUUCUGCUUACUGAUAAUGUGCAGCCGCGCUACUCUGAGAAAUAUGUGAGGGGAAAACGAGGAAAAGAAGAGACAAGCUUGCGAAAAAGAAAUAUAACGACCAGAAUUUGCUGCUAUAUUACAGUGAUAUACCAUGCCGCUGGUAAAGAGGUGUAUCGAGCCGAGGCACCUGUCAAGAGGAGCUCUGCCUGAUGGAGUCCUCAGCGAACUUGAGUGCGUCACCAACAGCACGCUUGCCGCCAUCAUCAAACAGCUUGGCAGCCUCAGUCACCAUGCAGAAGAUGUGUUCGGUGAGCUGUUUAAAGAAGCAAACAGUUUCUACCUGCGCAUGAGCCACCUGCAGGAGCGUGUGGACCUGCUGGCUGUUAAGGUCACCCAGUUGGACUCCACUGUUGAGGAAGUUUCUCUGCAGGACAUCAACAUGAGGAAGGCAUUUAAAAGCUCCACCAUUCAGGAUCAGCAGGUGGUGUCUCGUGCCUCCAUCCCCAAUCCUGUCAUCGAGAUUUACCAGUGUGCCGAUAAACCUCCUCCUCUCAAUAUCCUCUCUCCAUACAGAGACGAUAAGAAGGAUGCACUGAAGUUCUACACAGAUCCAUCUUACUUCUUCAACCUGUGGAAGGAGAAAAUGCUGCAGGCCACAGAAGACAAGAGGAAGGAGAAAAGACGACAGAAGGAGCAGCAGAAACAGGUGGAAGAGCCUGGGCGAGAGGUCAAGAAAGUGCGGAAAGCUCGGACCCGCAGACAAGAGUGGAACGUGCUGGCGUAUGACAAAGAGUUUCGCCCUGAUGCCCGCUUCACACCCUCUCCAUACCACGGCAUGUCCUCGGAGGGAUCCCUCUCGCCAGACAGCAGGUCAUUGAUGUCAGACGCAGGUGAACAUUCAUACCCGGGCAGCCCAAUUCGCCCUGCACAGCACACUCCACCCUGCAGUGCUCCGCCCACCAUCGAUGUCAAAGGGGCCAUGCUCAGUCCCUCUCAUACCCAAACACUGCAGCGAACCUACAGGCCCACUGGCAACCUGUCUACUCCGGCUGGAAGAGACACUCUGGGCAGAAUCCAGCCCUCACAUGCAGCUGCACCUACAGACCCUGCUCUCAAUGGUCCUCGCCUUACCCAGGCUAAAGACUACAGCAUUCAUCAAUCCCAUCAGCCGGAGUUCUUCAUCCCUCCUGCUCCCCCUCCUCCUCCUCCCCCUCUCAUCCCUUCAGCUCAGACAGCCUUCGACAGCCCCACUGCUCCCUCUUCUUCCUCUUCCUCUCCCCUGCCUCCCAGCACCAUGGCCUCUCUGUCCCGUUACAGCUCCUCACCACCUACACCUGCAGCCCCUCCUCCACCUCCAGCCGGACCUCCGACACACACCCACCCUCAAGCACACAGCCUGCCCCCAGUGCAGGCAGAGACCCCGACCGCCAGGAAGCCUCAGGUGCCUUUGGUCCCUAUGAGCGAUGCCCGAAGCGAUCUGCUUGCUGCCAUACGCAGAGGAAUUCAGUUGAGGAAAGUGCAGGAGCAAAGAGAGCUGGAAGCUAAGAGAGAGCCGGUGGGAAACGAUGUGGCCACGAUCCUGUCACGCCGUAUCGCUGUGGAGUACAGUGAAUCAGACGAGGACUCCGAGCCAGACGAAAACGAGUGGUCUGAUUAGUGAAGAGCAUGAUCUCAGAUCCCAGAGAGAUCUGAAGCAGAGAUAGAAGAGCUUUCAUGAAGAGAUAGUGGGGGAGAGUUCCAGAGUUUGUGAGCAGUAGAACUAAAGGACAGUCCACCCAACACACAAGGAUCUAAGAGACCAGCACGGUGGGUAGCAGUGUUGCGUCACAGCAAGAAGGUCCUGUGUUCGAUUCCCAGGUGGAGCAGUCUGGGUCCUUUCUGUGUGGAGUUUGCAUGUUCUCCCCGUGUCUGCGUGGGUUUCCUCUAGGAGCUCCAGUUUCUUCACAGUCCAAAGACAUGCAAGUGAGGUCCUGACGAGGCACUGGAUUAUAUUAACGUGUUACUGUAUCAACCCUGCGUUCACACCGGCAGUGAAGUGAGACGACAAAACGAAACAGUGAUGGAACUGGUCAUGCAGGGCAGAGCGAUCGUCUGUGCAGACGACCAAUCAGAACUCAGCAAGGUCGGUCCAAAUCAUUAUUAUUUCCAGUGUAAAACAAUCUCCAUGUAGUUCCUAGAAGGCAUUUACUACUUUAAAUAUUAUGACAGUAAUGAAAGUCUGGUGCACCUUAAACUGGGUGUUACAGUUUUAAAUCCUUGCAGGGCUAUCUGCCAGUCAGGCAUCUACACAGACCUGACGGCCAUAUAGCCCAGCUUUUGAUAGGUGCACUUGUUUGUCAGUGCACUCUCAGUGCCGGUCCCAUGCCCGAGUUGCAUCAGGAAGGGCAUCCGGUGUAAAACGCUACCAAAUCUGGUAUGCAGAUCAGAAUGAGCCGCUGAGGCCACCAAUAAAAUAUGAAAGAUCUGUCUAAAACAUGCUGCCAUACAAUAUAGUGUGUAAAGUUAGUGUAACAAUACAAUAAAAAAAUAAUUGAAUUGUAUGU